UAUUUAAAUUAGGUUAAAUUAACCCUAUAAAGUCAAACUAAAUCUCAAAUACUGUUAAUGAUAAUUUGAAAAUAUCUAACAGUAUCUAGUCUUCACUGUUUUGAAUCGGUUGAAAAAGUGACAGUAAAUAUCAUGUCAGGACUAAUUUCAACAAUUCUCCAACCCCUAAAACUCAUUAGGCAAUCAUCAAUUUACUCAGGAGUGAGCUCGAGUUUAGUGAGGCCAGAUGCGUUUUUGUUGUCCUCAAUUAGGACCAAAGUAAGAUGCUAUUUUCCACGACCUAAUGAGGUUAAAAGAGUUCGCCGUCACGGAUGGGAUUUCAGAAUGUCUACUCCAAAUGGUCGCCGCGUUAUAAUGAGGAGAUUAUUGAAAGGGAGACAUGUCCUCACACAUUAGAUAAAAUUAGAUGAAUAGAUGAAU